AUGAGAAUACAAAUGCCUUUUAAAUGCUUUGGCGAGAACAUUUUGUUAAAUGAGGGGGGCAAAGCUGAAAUUUGUAAAACUUUGAUGCCCGAAGCAGUAAAUAAUGUCACAAAGAGCAAACGCUACUUCAUAGUGGAAACUUUUGAGAAAGACAAAUUUCAUUUUGAAGUUUACAUUACGAAGAUAUAUGUACACAAAUUUUCAACCAUAGAAGCGAAGACGAAACGUGUACCUAUCGUGGCUGCUACAAUGAAGAUUUCGUUAAAGCUUAAGUCGGAAGAUUGA